GAACCCGACAUUGUCACCCGUACCUGUGAGAUCUGCUUUGAGGCGAAGCCCCAGCUGAACGACUUUCCCGCGUUUUCUCGAUGCAAACACCCACCGGCCUCCUGCCGAUUGUGCAUUCUCAAGCAUUUGCGAUGGCGCUUGAUGUCGUUUCGGGAUUGGAGAACAUUCACUUGUCCAUCCUGUGGACUUCUUACAUCUGUGCCUGAGUUGAAGGUGGCGUUAGGAGAAAGAGUGUCUGGGUAUAUUGACAAUUGGAUCAAGUAUUCAGGCAGCUGGCGGCAAGGUACCUGGCAAGGUUGUCCUGAGAUCAACUGCAAGUUCUCGGGCAAGGUCCGCAAGGGAUCCAAAGCUAGGCUGAAAUGUCCCAAGUGCGGCGCGGAAAGCUGCUUCAAUCAUCAGGACCUCUGGCACACGUCCAUGACUUGCCGUCAAUAUGACAUCCAAAUGCCGGCCGAGGAAAAGAUGUCUCAGCUGUUCCUGGACAAGAACACAAAACGAUGUCCGGAGUGUCAUGUACGAGCGUUGAAACCGGAGCAUUGCGAUACGGGUGUUUGUAAG